CCUCAUUCACCCAUCGCCGUCAACAGCCAUCACUCCCUACCCUCCGGCACCCUCCCAUCCACCAGGCGGCGUCAACAAUUCCAUUUUCAACAUGAGACUUCUCAGUAGGCUAGCAGUUGCUGGCCUUGCAGGCCUUGCCGGUGCUGCAGCGAGCGAACCCGCCGAGGUUUACAUCCUUUCGAAAUCAAACCCAUCAGCCUCCUCGUCGAAUCCUCAAAUACCACGACACGUCGCCAGAGACAUCGUGAUCUCGAGAGUCGGUGGCCAGACGGACCUCGGUGCUCUGCCGGAGUCUAUCACCACUGACGACGCUCUCUCAUACAUAUCGCAAUACGGAAGGCCACCCAAGCCUCUGUUUGGGGAUGCUGCAUCUUCGUCAGCUGGGGGCGUCGUCCCCUCACAGCUUGUCAUCAUGCUCGAGGGCAUCGACGAGAACAACGCGAAGAACCUGCGAAAGGCACUCAAGUCCCAAGGAUCCAAGCCUGCAUUCACCAUAGCGGAUCCUCCGUCGGCCAAGGCCAACAAAGACCUCGUCGAUAUCGAGCUGUCGUCUGUAUCCGGAUCGUGCGAUAUCACUGCGGUCAUCAACCCUUACGACAGCUGCUGGGAUGGUCUAUCUCUUGUUGUGAAGUAUGACGUUAGAAAGAACCCAAGCACCCUCGACGUGCUCACCGACAACAUCAAGCCGCUCCGCAGCGCCAUUUCAUCCGACGCCCUCGAGACAGUCCUAAUUCUGCUGCCCGAGAGCAGCCGCUCUUCCAAGCACGCCUCCUGGGCCAGCGACGCUCCUAGUGAACUCCGCCGUCGCGUCGAGAUGCCGAUCAGCGACAUCCAGGCCAAACCUGUUGUCGUGCCUGGCAGCAGCGACGAGGGCGUCUCCUCCCCGGACUCCUCCUUAUUCGCCUCGCAGGCGUCUUCCAAGAUGAAUCUCGGCUGCUUCUCCACCUACAACAGCUGUGAGACCGCCACGAGCAACUGCUCAAGCCACGGACGCUGCAUAGACAAGUACGCCGAGAACACCGAGAGCGGCAAGGGUGGCGACGUCAAGUGUUUCGUAUGCAGCUGCGUGUCAACAAGGACUUACCCUGAGAACCCGGCGAGUGACCAGCAUACGCACUGGGGCGGCGCCUACUGCCAGAAGAUUGAUGUAAGCUCUCCCUUCUGGUUGCUGGCUGGGACAACCAUCAUCCUUGUGGGCCUGGUGACGGGGUCGAUCGCCAUGUUGUUCAACGUGGGCGAGGAGAAGCUGCCAGGUGUUAUUGGUGCUGGUGUCUCAAGGUCAAAGUAAGCGACACAUGUUUGGUGAUCAGGAGAAUGAGGUGGGCAGAGGAGAGUAUAUAAGAGGCGCAACAAAAUCAAGGUUGACUGUUGUCCACAUCCAGAGGAAGGUGAAAAUGGAGGCACGAGACAAGAGGCGGGACCUGGAGCAGACUUGGCAUUGAAGGGGGGAUGUAUCAUAUUGUUGGUGUACUGCUAUUGCGGCGUUACCAUGGGAAGCACAUUCUCGUUUUAGCAUCUUCCUGUUAGAUACGGAAGGAAAUAUAACGGUUUUCCUC